GCGCUACGAGCAACACCCUGAAGCGAAAGCUUGUCAAAGUGGAAGACAUGGUGGACAUCGACCCAAAAUCGCAGGAAUCUCUCUAUACCUUCACCUCUCCGAGCUUCAAGAAGAUGAUAACCUUUGCGAAAACGGCCGCCGGUCCUGUGGAAGUGAAUGCUUCCAUGUUCAAGUCGUCCGGCCCGGAGUCAGAGACUCUAGACUACCACAAGGCAUCGGACGUGGACGUCAAAAGCGGCAUCAGACCCCUAACCGCAGCCUCCACUGACAAGUCGAUAACGGCGAAGGAAAAGAUGGACAUAAUCAUGUGGAGGACCAAGAGCCUCGGAAAAUUUUGGAGUUUCGGCAUCACCGUCGUCGAAGUCAUGGGCGAGAACAGCAAGAAAUUCUACAUGAUUGAGAAAGUCAAGACCGGCAGUCCCGCCGACGUGUCGCACGUGCUCGAAGGUGACGUCAUCGUGGCGGUCAACAACCAGGACAUCUCGGAGCUGCCCAUCGCCGAGGUCAAGCGCCGCAUGCAAGACUGCGGCGACCAGCUGGUCAUCACGGUGCUGUCGUCGAGCGCCUUCCGGCUGCUCGAGUCUCGACGCGACUGGGACGAGAUCCUCAAGGCGGCCGGGCAGGAGACCAUCCAGGUGCGGGCCAUCAGGACGGCAUGCAGCGGCAGCGGCUACUACGGCUUCAAGGUGUUCGAGGCCAAGGCGUGGAACGAACAGAAGAAGGCCCUGGUCCACUGUCACGUCAUCCAGAAGACCACCGACGUGCAAGUGGCGACGCCCAACAAGGCAAUGUACCCGGGUGACGUGCUCGUCAUGAUUAAUGGCGCGCCCACCGAGGGCAUGGACCAGUACGGCAUCAAGGCGGCCCUCGCUAAGGGUGCCAACGAGCUGAGCAUCACCAUAGCGCCCAUGUCUCCGCUCAGGCUCAAGAGGCCUUCCUACACCCGUCUGCACGAGACGGUGAUGACGGACGCCAACGUGCCCGAGCCUUCGGCCAAGGCUAACAUCGAGAACGCACCGGGGGCCGCCUCUGCUCAACCCGCAGCUGCCGCCGGUGCUAAACCCGCAGCGGCACCGGCACCGGCAGCGCCGGCGAAGCGUUAAGCGCACCCAACGCCA